AUGGGAACGUAUCUCAUCGGAGCCCUUACGCUUGCCUUUCUGUACAUUAUUCGGAGAUGGCUUGAAUAUCGCGGUCUGCUUCGAAUCAUUCGUGACUUUCCAGGACAUCGCACAUUACUCAAAGGUUUCAGUCCAAUGUUAAGAUGGCGUAUACCGUACAUUUGCCCGGGCAGCGACAGCGACAUAUACCGCAAGUAUCAAGACUUCGCAGAAUGUGGUCAUGACGUUAUGGCUUGGGUCAACAUGUUUCCCCGCGCUCGGGUGGCAUACGACAUAGCGGACGCGGAAUGUCUGAAAGAAAUUGUCAAUGCCCGUGCUCAUUUCGUCAAGCCUGUCUACAUGUACCGGAUGUUGUCUUUCUUCGGCAGCAACCUCCUCAUAACCGAGGGUUAUGAAUGGAAACGACAGAGAAAAGUUGUCGCCCCAGUUUUCUCUGAGAGAAACAAUAAGCUCAUCUGGGACGAAACGAUACGCAUCGUAGGUGACUUGUUCGACAAUGUUUGGGGCAACAACGAGCGUGUCGACGUGGACCACGCAGUCGAUAUAACACUUCCGUUAGCAUUAUUUGUCUUGAGCGGUGCUGCGUUCGGGAAGCCGGUGUCCUGGACUCAAGGAUCUUCGGUUCCUCUAGGGCAUACCAUGGCAUUCAAGGAUGCGCUGCACGUCGUUUCGACACAGAUAGAGUUGAAGAUGAUUUUCCCGAGUUGGGCACUGAGAUGGGGGAUCACUCUAAAGCUGAGGAAAUUUCAGCAAGCCUACGAAGAGUUCUCCAGCUACAUGUCUGACAUGAUUCGGGAGCGCAAGAGCGAUGCGGAGAAAGCGGGGGGCGCAGAUAUCUUGUCGUCGCUUGUGCAAGCGAAUGAGGAAGAAUUUGACGGCGAUUCAAAGUUGAAUCAGGGCGAGCUCGAGGGAAAUACUUUCAUUUUCCUUCUUGCCGGCCACGAGACGACGGCUCAUUCGCUUGCGUUUACCUUCGGUCUUUUGGCUUUGUACCCCGACGAACAGGAAAAGUAUUACCAGCAUCUCAAGGAAUAUCUUGCUGAUGGCAGGACUCCUGGAUAUGAGGAAAUGGGGCAACUAACUUACAGCCUUGCUGUGUUAUACGAGGCGUUACGGAUGUACCCUACAACUAAAAGAGUUCCGAAGGUCAGCACCGAGGACACGACCUUGAGCACUAUCAAUGCAGGGGGACAGAAGGUCGUCAUUCCAGUUCCAAAGGGAACAGAAUUAUUUACGUCUGCAUUCGGGAUGCCCUACAAUCCACGAUAUUGGCCAGAUCCGGACACGUAUAAACCUGCCCGUUUCCUUGGUGACUACAACCGCGACGCCUUUGUACCAUUCAGUGUCGGUGCACGUGCAUGCAUCGGACGCAAGUUCACGGAGACCGAGUCUGUCGCUGCGCUCACCAUGAUCAUCAUGCGCUACAAGAUCGAGCUCAAGGACGAACCCCAGUUUGCCGGCGAGUCCUUUGAGCAGAAGAAGGCGCGUCUGUUCACCGUGAAUUCCGGCGUCACUCUCGCUCCUAGAAGGCUCCCCCUCGUAUUCAAGCGUCGUUCACUUCUGUAG